GUGACGAGUCUAAUAAGAAUAUUUGAAAAUGAUGGGGCAAUGAAAGUUUUCGAUUCACUUGCACAAGCUAUUUAGUAUUUAAAAUUUUAAACACAUCCGCUGGCGAUGCGCUUGCGCGCAUUUAUUAAUAGCCAGUUUCAGUAUCAAAUUUCUGUGAAAAUUUUCAGUCUCAUUGUUUGUGUGUAGGGGUGUAGUCGUCGCCGGUGUAUUAGUGCAGUGCCAAAUUUUAUCAAAUCGAAGAAUUUUAUAGAAAAAGAUGGCGGAGACAGUGAAGCAAUCGAGAAUAGUAAGUGACGACGACGACAACCUAGAAGAGACUUUAUUAGAAGAAUUUAACAUGAGGCUAAAAAAUUGCAUGAGCAAAGACAAUCUCCAGAACCCGGACGAGCACGAGGAGGAGAACUCCCUCUACGAGAACAUAGGCGCCAACGCCAGGCCGAUCCACAAGAGCGGCGUAGCCAGCAACAACUUCAUCCAGAACGAGCGCGAGAGCUACUACGACGAGCCGGCCCCGCUAAGGAACGGCUCCAACCCCAGCCAGAACGGCCACGUCACCUACGACGAGCCCGAGAACAUCUACGAAACGCUCCCCGAACACCACGAAAUUGAAAAGACUGAUUCGGACCAAUACGUCGACAUGAGCUCGCCAGACAAAGCCACUAAGAAUAAUUUAAAGUUAGAUGUAAGCCCAGCGAUUGAAAUCGAGACGGCGACGUACGAGGAGUUCGAAAUCGUUAACAAGGAUCCCGACGACAGCAGCCUCCUGGAGAAUAGCUACGAAAUCAUAGAGGAAAAGCCAAAGUUCACCAUGAAGACGACGGACUUCUCGGAAAAUAGGUCCCCAGAGAAUGAAGCCAAGUCCUCAGUCAAAGACAGGAUGUUUCUAGCUACAGACGAAGCUACCUUACUCUUCACCCAAACCGUCACUUCCCCCAUGCUAACUCCUUCCGAGGAGAACAUUGACUUCCUGAAAGGCUUCCAAAGAGAAAACACUGCUUCAGACAACACAAUAUCCACUUCCAACGAAUCCCCAGAAAAAGACGACUUGGAUAAAGCCGCGAACGAAGAAAACAACACAAGCGAGAUCAGCGGGGAGAUCUCGGCAAGUGAGCAACUAACAAAUGACAUCGCGGAAGACAAAACAAGUGAAAACCAAGAGAACAUAUACGAAAACGCAGAGUUUUUGAAGCAGACCUCGGAGAAUAUAUACGAGAACUUGAAGGAAAAACCAAAAGCGGAAGAAGAAAACAUCUAUGAAAAUUUAAAGGACCUAAAGAAAGAUGUGGAAGAUGAACAACACGAAGAAAACAUCUACCAGGAUAUCGAGGAGUGUAAGAAAGUCGAGGAAAUCUACGAAAACGUCGAGGAGGUCAAAAACAAAGAAGCAUCAUGGGAGGAAAUGGAACCAGAACAAAUCGUUAGUGACGCCGUCGAGGAACCUCAAGUUACAAGCGACGAAAUUGUCACCGACUUGGACGAGGUAGAGUCACAACAGACAAAGGAAGACAGUCCCCAUGAAGAGGUUAGGGAAACUACAGAAAGACUGGUAGAAUCCCACACGGAACACUACGAAUCUAAAGAGAGCACAGUCACCAGCAACGAAACCGUUAAAAGAGAAGAAAGCGAAGUAAGAACUGAAGGACAAACGGAAUCCUAUUCAGAAUUCGUGCACCACAGCAAAAGCGAAAGCAACUACUAUGAGAAAUACACGGAGGUGGUUUCACAAAAUUCCAAAAACGUCGAAAUCAGCAACAGAGAAAAGGACACCGAGACCGUUCCUGCUGAGAUAGUGAAAAAUUUGAAGAGUCAGUUCCUUAAAACUGGAGCAGAGGUCGUGGCCACGACCAAAAAAGAGGUGGAGGACGUGAACCAGUUGAAGACUGUCAAUAUCAUCAAGCAGAUUAACAAAUUCGAGUCUGGCGAUUCCCCAAGUAUGGAUCUUGAUGAUAGUACCGUAACUCACUAUACAGAAACGAGAACCUUCCAAACUGACGGAAUAGAAGAGAAAGCUAUCAAAAAGAAGAAAACCAAAAAAUCCAGAAAGGAAGAGAAAGAGAACAUAUCUGUUAAUGACGUUGAUAAUGUAGAUGGGAAAAAUUUCUAUAAUGUUAAUGUUAAAAGUUUGUGUAGAAGUUUCGGAGACUUGACUAAAAUCGAUGACGACAAAUAUCCAAAAAAGCAGAGCAAAAAAGCUGCGCGAACUAAGUCUUUAUCAGAUGACUUGCUUAGUCCUAACAACCCGACUAUUGAAAAUGUCUUUUCGGAUGUGUCUGUGAGAGCUUUGAAAGAGAAGUUUAACACCAUUGGGAUUAAAAAGGCUGUAGUUAGUAGUUUUCGCUCUUUUAGACAGUCCAACGUGAAAUCCAGUUUUAACAAAUUCGACGCCCUCCAGAAGAAAAAUGUCCUUCACGUCAGAUCCUCGGAUUCCGAGAAGGCUCAGGAGAAAUUCAACGGUACACAACAAAUUGACACCACCAAUUGCAGGGCAUGCGCGAAACAAGUAUUCCAGAUGGAACAGAUCAAAGCUGAAAAGUCACUGUGGCACAAGAACUGCUUCAGGUGUACCGAAUGUAGCAAGCAACUAACAGUUGAAACUUAUGCUAGCCAUGAAGGAAAUCUGUAUUGUAAACCCCACUUCAAAUCACUUUUUGCCCCUAAAGUUGUAGAAGAUGAAGCUCCACCCCGGCCUAGAAAGGCAGAACCUAUAAUUCGUGAAAAUCAGCCCCUCGAAUUACCCCCAGACGUAGUCAGAGCAAGUGACAAGCCUGACUUGGGUUUGGAGGAAUUACAAAGUCUAAACGUCAAAGAACGAUUUCAAGUAUUCGAACACCACCAGACGGAAACGCAGGAGUCAGACAGGGGACCCACCCCGGUCAACGUCAAGAAAUCCCCAUCGAUUUUAUCCAAGCUCGCAAGAUUUCAAGCUAAGGGCAUGGAUGUAGGCGUGUCAGACGAAGCAUUAAACGGCAUCCCUAUCGAGGAGACCUCCUCUGAAGAAGAAGAGGAGGAGGAGGUGCCGGAAGGCGAGGACGCCACAUUGUACAGAGCCAAGAAGGUGCAGAAGGAGAAACCCUUCCAUUUCACCAACUUGUCCGAAGUGAAGAACAAGUGGGAACAUGGAGAACAGACCGGCAGGGACGAGAGGAGAGAGGAACGAAAACAGGAAAUACAGACGAUUAGGAAUAGAUUAUUCAUGGGCAAGCAAGGCAAAAUGAAGGAGGCCUACCAGCAGGCUAUCAUACAGUCAGAGUCCUCAGCGAAUCUGAAUAAACCCGAGAAAAUCGAGUCCUGUGAUACGAAAUCCCUUAAGGAACGCUUUGAGAAGGGAGAAUUGUUCAACGAGAGAGAAACGAAAACUGGAGAGGAAGAAGAAGAAGUGUACCAGAGUGAAAUUAGUAAGAAGUCGCGCUCACUCUUCCUAGAAUUAGACGCCAACGCUUCGAAGCCACCCCAGAUCUCCCCUGUGAUACCCCAGAAACUAGACGUGAAGAAAGCCAGAGAGGCGUAUUUGGCAAAAACCUCCAGCGAAGAUACGGUAAAAUCGUCCGAAGUCAUGGAAGACGUUGUCGAGGUUAAGACUGCCGAUAUCCAGGAGCGUUUUAAAUUCUUUGAGACAUACAAAGAGCCCGAAAAACAGAGAAAGCAAUUUAGAAUAACGCCACCCAGAGACCCCUCACAAGUGAAGACUGAAACACCCGAACGCGAGAUAUACCACGACCCGGAAGUCGUGAGAGCCGACGAUGUGUAUGUGGACGACUCGGUGAUCGCCAAAUCCACUCACACCGCUUCCAAGAUGCUUAACAAGUUCAGGCAGAUGGAGGAGAAUCUGUCCAGGGAACCUGAACCAGCUGGUCCCAAGCCUCUAAAGAGGUUCACCCCGCCUCCUGAACCCGUCAGACAGGAAAGCAGCAGCGAGGAAGAAUCCGGUUCCGAAGAGGAAUCCGAAGAAGACCAGGUCGAUAACCAGAGGCUGCCCGAGGAUUUACUUGAAGCACAAAAAGCCGCCAGAGCCAAACAAUUGAAAGCCAAGUUUGAGAAGUGGGAGGCUCAAGAAAUCAGGAGGGAGCAGACGAAUACGGUCAAUAUCGUCGAGGAAUAUGGAGACGAAUCACAAGUAGAAACAGCAAGAUCGUUGAGAGCUCGCUUCGAAUCGAUGAGGGACUCAAGUUCCGACAAAACAAGGACUCCUCGAGUGAAAGUUAACAGAUUUGUGUGAAAGAAAAUUCUGUAAGGGAUCGUCCAAAAUUAAUUUUAAAUGUAUCGUCUUAAGAGUCUACACACACACACUACUACUAAUAAAACCUUUUUACUAGCUUUUUUGUCUACCAUGAUAUAUUAGAGUAGGUUUAAAAGUAUAUAUCAUUGUUAAUGUUUUUAUUGGUAUGUACAGGGUCGUCUCGAGUAAUCCAAUUACGAUGCUUUUUUUUUUCUCUAAAGUUGUGUGUUUUUCAGCUCAUUUCGAUUGAAUUAGUGAGCGAUCCUGUAUGUGUUAGACUAUGAUUUCGAAGUAUUUAAAAAAUUUAACGUAAACUUUCGAGAGGAAUAAUUUAUUAAUAAGUUUUUCUAUAUUAUCGCUUGUUUUUUAACAAAAUUAUAUUUUAUUGUACAAUAAAUAGAAUAGACUAUUUUGAUUAUGGAUCUGUUGUAUGUUUAUGUUGAUAUUUUAAUUGUUGGAUAUUUUAAAAAAUUCUUAGACCUUUAACUGUUGCCACUGUGAGAUUGAACCAAAAAUUUUGAAUUUUUACGACCACUUGAAUGUCUUCUUCUAGGUUAUGAAGUCGAUACUACUAUUUUUAGAAGUUAAAUUAUGUAAUAUUUCAUAUUUGUGCCAAUUUAUAUUAUUUUGAGUGAAUAAAUUUAAAUUUUAAUGUC